AUGUCCGAAGCUUUCGAACCUUUUCAAGAUGCAGCAGUUUGGGUUCUCAAGGGUGCAAGUUCAGACCCGGAGAGGUCCACCCCGGAGAAAGUCUUGAGCCGCUUUGAUCAGAUCUGCCUAGAACUGCACUGGCUGGGUCGGCCCAUGCGCGGGGGCGACUACGAGACCAAGGCGCGUGCGCUGGAAAAGCUGGCCGAGCAGUUUGUGCUCUUGCAUGCUCACGGCAACAGCCUCUCGGAACCACGGGAUCGCCUCAGCGCUGCUCUAAGAAAUGUAGGCUAUGGCGACAUCUUGAACGUCGCUGGCUGUCAGCUCCCCGAUGAAGUCGGUUUGGUGCCAAACCCCAUGCUGGAUGCGAACAACUGCCAGUUCGUGUGGCUCGGCGGCAGGGUGGGCCGCCUGGUGGACCAGGUAGGCGCAGCCAGAUUUAACGCCGACGUGUGCUGCAAUUUCCGCGUGGAAGCAUCUGAUACGUUGAAGGAAUUGCAGAAGAAGAACGAGCAUCUCCGUGUGCAGCUGAGCAAAUCUCCGUGGCCCAAACUGAAGUGCUUCUCGUCGGACGGGCAAAGCUACAGACUGCCAUUGCGAGCCCAAAGCAGAGAUGUGCCUUCUCUGCACUCGGAAGACAGGCAGGCCUAUUUGUCCGGCUUUUUCGAUGGGGAUGGCUGCGUUUCAUGUCAGCCGAACUGGUCGGGAUGCUACUUGUCAAUAGCGCAGUCCUUCAACCAGGCCGAGGUCCUAAUGCUGUUUUAUGAAACAUUUGGGGGAAGUAUCACGCUGCUCCGUGAUGGCAUGGGCCUGCACAGACCUUCUCUUCGGUGGAUGGCAUGUGGCCAGUCAGCCCGAAAUGCAGCUCAGCUCUUGGUGCCACAUAGCAUCACCAAGCGAAAGCAGCUGUUGUUGGCGGCCCAGUGGCCUGAGGCGAAAUCAGACAGAAAAGACUGCAAGGCCGAGCUGCGUGCCCUGAAGGAGUACGACUCGGCCGUCGCUGGUCCGUGCAGCUGGGAGUACUGUGCGGGGUUUUUCGAUGCUGAGGGCUACAUCAAGCAGCAGCAUGGAGGAGCAUCUCUGCAGCUGCAGAUCAAGCAAAAGCAUCCACGAGUGCUGAUGUGCCUUCGCGAAUUUUUGGCCCGAAGCUUGGGCAAAGAUUCCACACUCGCAAAGUCGGGAGGAUCUGCCCACGUGCUUUUGAUUUGCGGGCUGACCUCCUGCAAGCAAAUACUGCAGCAUUUUUUGGCUGCUGGACUGCUCUGCAAAGCAGAACAAGCAAAGCUGGUUUUAGGCUUGACGACGGAAACUGCGGCCCAAGUUGAUGCUGAGCUCGGGCGCUUGACCGGGAACCAAAAGUUUGGGAAGAGGCUGGAUGCCGCUGGCCGACAAAGAGCGAAGAAGAUCGCAAGUACACGAAAGGCAUCGCGUGCCGAAGCUCACGCCAAGCUUGCCGAGGAGCACGAGCUUCUGAAUGCUGUUCAUGAAAACCAGCAGUUGCUUCAGUACAUGAGCAAAGUGCAGAGUUUGCACGACAAUUCGUGGGAAGGCGUCCGUCUGCGAUUGAGCUACCCGGCAAAGUCCUGCAGAGAGGGUUGCAAGGCCGAGCUGCGUGCCCUGAAGGAGUACGACUCGGCGGUCGCUGGUCCGUGCUGCUGGGAGUACUUCGCUGGCUUCUUCGAUGCAGAGGGCUACAUCCAGCAGAGGAGUGGAGGAGCCUCGCUGGAUCUGCAGAUUGGGCAAAAGUAUCCACGAAUCCUGAAGUGUCUUCGGGACUUCGUUGCCCGAGAGUUGGGCAUAGAUGUAAGGCUUCGGAAGAUGAAGCGUGAUCUUCAUGCUCUUGAGGUUAACGGCCUGCUGAAAUGCAAACAAUUUCUCCAACAUUUGUUGAAUGCAGGAAUGCUGUGCAAGGCGAAGCCAGCAGAGCUUGCUGUAGGCCUGCUUCACCGGAACGCAGGGCAAGUCAGUAGUCAGCUAGCACAUCUGACUGGGAACCAAACGUUUGGGAAAAAGCUAGAUGCGGCUGGCUGCGCAAGGGCGAAGAAGAUCAUGUCCGCACAGGCCGCAGCUGCUCGUCUGAAACGACAAGGUCAGUUUGCGGAAGCUGUCGCCAAGCUGGGCGAGGUGGAGGUGCUAAAGGCCGAGCACGAGCUUCUCAAAGCCGGCUGCGAGAACAGGCAGUUGAUGGAGUAUAUGCGCAAAGUGCAGAGUUUGCACCGUAAUUCAUGGGAGGGCCCGCUUGCCCACGGCUU